AUGGAUAGGUCUGUUAGAUUCAAUUCCAUAAUUAAAUAUCUAAAGGAUUAUUCUGUUCCUCAGUAUAGAGCUUCUCAAAUAUUUAAUUCUAUUUAUCGCAACAAAAUCUCUGAUUUUUUAUCCAUGUACCACCUUCCAGCUGUACUAAGGCAUGGGUUACACAGCCAUUUCAAUGAAUCGAUUUUAUCCAUUAAACCAAUAUCUGAAUCAAAGUCUGAUAGAGCUAAGAAGGUUUUAUUUGAAAAUAAAGAUGGAAGUAGGAUAGAAUCAGUAUUACUUCACUUUAACACACAUAAAUCUGUUUGUAUAUCUAGCCAAGUCGGAUGCAGUUACUCGUGCUCUUUCUGUGCUACUGGCAAGAUAGGUUUAAAGAGGAAUCUUACCUUGGACGAAAUUACAGAUCAAGUCUUAUAUUUUCAACAACAAGGCCAUAAAAUAGACAGUGUAUCUUUCAUGGGAAUGGGAGAACCUCUUUCUAAUCCGAACGUUUUCAGAUCAAUUAGUGUUUUGACAGAUAAAAAUUAUUUUGGAUUAUCUCCAAGGAGGAUAAAUGUAUCUACGGUUGGAAUUUUACCAGGAAUGAACAAAUUAAACAAAGAGCACCCUCAUGUUAAUUUGGCUUAUUCUUUACACACACCCUUUGCUGAUGAAAGAAAUGAGAUGGUCCCCGUUAACAUACUAUAUCCAUUUCAAGACGCCUAUAAAAUAAUGGAUGAAAGAAUUAGGAAAACUGGGAAAAGGAUAUGGAUAUCAUAUAUCCUAAUAAAGGGUUUGACAGAACAGAAAUCAAUAAUGUGUAGACAAAAACGAUUCAAUAGAGCAUGCCAAAGAGCUAGUAUCGAUAAUAAAGGGACGACCUAA